AUGUCAACAAGUCUUAAUACAAUAACUAAUAAAAAUAAACCUGAAUUGAAAGGGGUUUAUAAAAACAUUUCUAAUUUAGCAAUAUUAAUACAAAAUCAACAAAAAUUUGUUGAGUGGCAAAUAGAAUUUAUUAACAAAUUUAUCGAGCAGUUAAAGAUAACUCAAGAAGAUAGUUUGAAUGAUUUUUUAGUUAAACUAGAAAAUCAUAUGACUAUGAUUAGUAAAGAUAAAGCUGAAUCUGAAGGAUCACAAAUUGCUAAUAAUAAACAAUCAAUAUCAGAAGAAAUUUAUUAUGUUCCUUCUAUCCUUUGGCGUAGUGAUGAAGUAUUAUGCUUAUCAAAUUCCUGUCUAAUAUCACCAGACUUUUUACAAUGGGUCAUUAAACCAUAUAAUCUAAAUACUAUUCUUUCUAAUGCAGUUGAUCCAGAUUCUGAAGAUGAUUAUGUAUUUCAAGAUGUAUCUAAUUCAAGAUUUGUGCCUACAACUUUUAAAACAAAUAUCAAUUCUAAACAAACUUCAUCACAUAGACUUGCAGAUGAUAAUGAUUUAAUAAAAUCAUUUGCUGAUCUUGAUAAUCAAAACAUAAAUUUCGAACAAUUCCUCUCAUUGAAAAAUGAUGAUUAG